UUGCAGUAUAAAGAACUAAGUAAAGUUGUAGUACAUAUCAGCAAUUUCAAUUAACGGAAUGUUAACGAACUAUAAAUUCUAUACAGUUCAAUUUGGUGAUGUCAAUUUUACAGUGCCUGAACAUUAUCAGAAUUUAAAGCCCAUUGGUGCAGGGGUACAAGGUAUAGUUUGCUCAGCCCAUAAUACUUUAAACAAACAAAAUGUGGCCAUUAAAAAACUAUCGAAACCAUUUCAAAAUGUCAUGCAAGCGAAGAGAGCCUAUCGUGAAUUGAAACUGCUAAAGAUAGUGAAUCAUAGAAAUAUCAUACGUUUGCUGGAUGCUUUCACUACCGAUAAUAAACUGGAAAAGUUUCAGGAUAUUUAUCUAGUGACCGAACUAAUGGAUAUGAAUUUUAGCAGUGUUAUUCAGAUGGGCUUGGAUCAUGAUAGAUUGUCUUUUCUAAUCUAUCAGAUAUUGUGUGGCAUCAAAUAUUUGCAUACCGCCGGCAUAAUACAUAGGGAUUUGAAGCCCUCUAAUAUUGUGGUUAAAUCAGAUUGUACCUUAAAAAUAUUAGAUUUCGGUUUGGCCCGUGUCAAUAAUGCUAACUCACAGAUGUUGACUGCCUAUGUGAUUAGUCGUUAUUACCGUGCACCCGAAGUUGUCUUGAGUAUGUGUUAUAAGGAAAAUGUAGACAUUUGGUCUAUAGGCUGUAUAUUUGGUGAAAUCUUACGUGGCGGUAUAUUAUUUCGUGGUACUGAUCAUAUGGAUCAAUGGAAUAAAAUAAUUGAACUAUUGGGUACACCAUCGGAAACUUUUCUUGCUAAAUUAUCACCAAAUGUUCGUAAUUAUUUAACAACUUUACCUACUUAUCAGGGUUAUACAUUUGAAAGUCUCUUUCCCGAUGAUCUGUUCGAAAGGUUUAAUGAGGCAAAUGAAGAGAAUAAACUUAAAACUAAACAAGCCAGAGAUUUAUUGAGUAGAAUGUUAAAAAUCGAUCCAGACGAACGUAUAUCGGUGGCUGAAGCUUUAAGGCACAAUUAUAUUAACGUUUGGUAUGAUGAGGAGGAAGUUUAUGCUUCAGCACCGAAUGCAUAUGAUCAGACUUUGGACGAGGAGGAUCAUACGAUCGAAGAAUGGAAGAGAUUGAUAUUCGAUGAGUUAUGUCGGGGCAUCGAAGUGAGAGAAUGAGAUUAAAUGUUUAAGAAGAACUGGUUAUUAUUAUUAAAUAUUGCAUUAUGUAAUUAAUAAAUUGAUAACUCU